AAUAUGCUAGACACAGUAAAGAGGUCCAUCAGGAAAGAUAAGGGAUCAUUGCUUCUUGUUUCUUCUUCCAAGGCUCAUACGAAGCAACAGAAGAAGAAAGCCCAAAAAGGGAAGAAGGUAAAAUCCCAAAAUGAGAAGGCCUUGAGGCUUAAGGGAGGUGUCAAAAAGGAUAAAGAAAAGAAUAUUUGCCAUCAUUGUGGCAAACUUAGACAUUGGAGGAGGAAUUGCAAGGAGUACCUAACUACUAUGAGCAAGAAAAAGAAUCUUAUUAAAGUUUCUGAUUCAGGGACCAAAGAUAAAGAUGAGUAGGAUCUUGGCUAAGGAGGUGACCACAUGGAUUGACUACCUAAAGCAUUAGAUGCUACAUUGGAUGGUUAUACUCCUAUUUAUA